AUGUACUAUUCUUCCAUUAGUCAAUUGUUUAUCUUGGGCACUGGUUUAUUAUCAGUGGUGACAGCUCAACAACAGAAUACAACUACACCUAGUGAUGCACCUCCCAAUCCUAAAGUUCAACUUACCAGUGAAAAUGAUUUUUGUCUAUUCUUACCACCAGCUCCUGGACUUGAAGUGGCCAUCAAUGAAGACAAUGGUAUUCCUUAUUGUAUGAAUCCCACCACUGUACAAGGUUCUAAACCUUUCCCUCAAGGUUUUAUCACUACUGCCCAUUAUCAAAAGACCGAUACUUACACCCAAAUCACUGGUUUCUUUGAUCGCACUUUAUACAACUUGAGUGCAACCGAUGAAGGUGGACAAUACGACUCUCACGCCCAUCAUAAACCUACUGGUGCUUCUUGUCAAGACUUCCCAUUCUUUGUCAGCUUGAUCGAACCUUCCAAUAACCGAUUCUGUAUUCGUUGCUGUCAAAACACCGAAGAUUGUAAGACUGGUAUCUCUCAAAGAGGUUGUGCUCGUGUUAUUUCACCUGGUAACUAU